CAGGUUAUUACCCACCCCUGGGCCCUCACCCACCCAUGGGCUACUACCCUGCCCCGGGCCACUACCCCUCACCCGGUGGCCACACGGCGACAGUCCUCGUCCCAUCAGGGGCUGCCACCACAGUGACGGUGCUGCAAGGCGAGAUCUUCCAGGGCGCUCCUGUGCAGACAGUGUGUCCCCACUGCCAGCAAGCCAUCACCACCAAGAUCACGUAUGAGAUUGGACUCAUGAGCUUCCUUCUUGGCUUCUUCUGCUGCUUCGUGGGGUGUGAUCUCUGCUGCUGCCUGAUCCCCUGCCUGUUCGAUGACUUCAAGGAUGUGACACACACGUGUCCCAACUGCAAGGCCUAUAUCUACACGUACAAGCGCAUGUGCUAACAGCACCCCGGGAGCCCGAGCCGCUGGAAUGACACCGGCCCCUCU